AUUACGAGUAAAGGCAUUUUAAACGCCAUUGUCGUUGUCUGUACCGUGCUGCAGUACAAUCUGUUUUAUAGAACGCGCGCCCGUACGCGCGAUCGUAAAAAAUCGGCAACUAUGCGCCUAGCGUACGCGCACGUUUUCUAAUUAGUCGGUGUCUGGCACUGCAACGAGAGAUGUCGGCGAAUGAUUCUAACGAGCUGAACGCGGUGAUGACGACGUCCACGACGGCGGCGUCUGCGGGGGCUGCAACAGCCACGACGGCCACGACGGCCACGACGGUCACGACGGCCACGACGGCUACGUCGGCUACAACGGCUACGACGGCCACGACGGCGACCGAGCCAAUUAUAUUAACUCAGCUGUCGUGACUGCAGUAGGAAGAGGAAGAGGGAGAGGGAGAGAAAGAGGCAGAAGCAGCGGCGAAGACAGAGGAAGAGGCAGAGAUGGUAGAAGGGGAAGAGGCAGAGGUGAAUGGAGAGGAAGAGGCAGAGGUGAAAGAAGGGGAAGAGGCAGAUACGAUACAUUUGGUAUCAACAUUUUUCUAUAU